AUGUCCGAAGCCGAGGCAGUGAUCCGCAAUCAGUCCGGCUAUAUCAACCACACGGCCAAGAAGGACUACGGGCCCUUGGAGUUUACCGGGAGAAUUGCUGGGGGACUGAGGCUGGACUUGCGUAGGCGGCUGCCGCUUUACGCGAGCGACUGGACGGAUGCGUUCAAGGCGGAGAACUUCCAAAAGUCUUUGUCGUCCAUUCUCUACCUCUUUAUCGCAGCCUUGGCGCCCGCCAUCACCUUCGGAAGCCGCUUCUUGGACGGCACCAACGGCCAGUUUGGAGUGCUGGAAAUGAUUAUGUCGACAGCUGUCUCUGGCGUGAUCUUCUCCACCUUCGCAGGGCAGCCCUUGUCCAUCCUCGGAGCGACCGGUCCAUUCCUGGCGUACACCCUUGUGGUGUAUGACAUGGCGGUGGGUGCCGAUGUGGAGUUCAUGCCCUUCUACUUCUGGGUUUGCAUGUGGUGUUCGCUCUUCACCAUUUUGGUCGCGGUCUUCGACCUCUGUGCUCUCAUGAAGCAUGUGACCAUGUUCUCGGAAGACAUCUUCGCGGGGCUUAUUUCUUUGAUCUUUAUCAUCGUAGGUCAGCAAGUGUACACGGCUGAAUUGAAACAUCGUGGCGUGCCCAAUCAACCGUUGACCAUUCCGGGGCGCAGGCCUAUCAUCGAGAACUUCUCGGAGAACAAGAUGAGCCUGACCAGUGCCAUGUUCGAGGCCCUGCUCUUCAUGUACACUUUUGGUUUGGCGACCUACCUGUCCCACUUCCGCCGCACGCCUUGGCUGCUCCGGCCCAUCCGCAACCUCAUGGCCAACUUCGCAGUGACCAUCUCCCUGGUCACGGCUUCGGCCCUGGCAGCGAUCUAUUCCAGCGACACGAACCUGAGGAUGCUGAGCGUCGACGCGGACUUCUCCCCGAACCUCGUCUUGUCGGAUGGCAGCAAGCGGCCCUGGGUCGUGAAUCCCAUGGGCAUCGAGCGCUCCUUCCCGGCCUGGGCCAUUGCUUACGCGAUACUGCCAGCAAUUGGUUUCGCCGUGCUGGGAUACCUGGACCAGAACCUCACGUCUGUGAUCGUGAACAGGUUUGUCAGGGGAGCUUUGACGCUGCCCGUUUGCGCCGUAUUGGGCCUGCCUCUGUCGGUGGCCUCGACGGUACCUAGCAUCACCCACGUGAUCUCGCUGACCACCUAUGAGGUGAAGCAGCUGCCGGAGGGCGAGCGCAAGGUACCGAGCAAGGUCGUGGAGCAGCGCGCGACGAAUUUUCUGAUUCACGUGCUUAUUGGCUGUGCGCUCUUCCUGGCGCCGGCGCUGAAGUUCCUGCCGCGGGCCGUGUUGCAGGGCGUGUUCUUCUACAUGGGCAUCGCAAGCUUGACCGGCAACAACCUUUUCGACCGCCUCUUCCUGUGGCUAAUCUGGGACCCGGCCAAGUACCCACAGUACCACUACAUCCAGAAGCUCCCCAUCCGCCGCGUGCACCUCUACACCCUGGUGCAGGAGACGUCCGUUGUCUUCCCUUUCUUCAUGGCUUCCCUGGCCAUCAUCCGGAAGGCCAUGCGCUUCCUCUUCACGCAGGAGGAACUGGAGCUGCUGGACAGCCUCCCAGCUGAGGAGGAGGACGGCAAGGUGCUGCGGGGGUUCUUUUUCCUAGAUGUUUGA